UCGAGUUCAUGUCUGCACUCCGCCCAAGACCAUGCCCGCCAUAACGCAUGCCCAGCUGGUGUCCCUCCAAAAGGACCAGCAUAAGAUACGGAACAUUUGCAUCUUGGCUCAUGUCGACCAUGGGAAAACGACCUUGUCAGAUAGUCUUUUGGCUUCCAAUGGCAUUAUUAGCUCCAAACUUUCGGGAAAAGUGCGGUAUCUGGAUUCUCGUGAGGAUGAGCAACAACGAGGCAUCACAAUGAAAUCGAGUGGAAUAUCACUGUACUUCAAAAUCGUCAAAAACUUGAUAGACAGUGCAAAGCAAGAGUCUUCUACUGUAGCCGAUGAAUAUCUGGUUAAUCUGAUCGACUCCCCUGGACAUGUGGACUUUUCGAGCGAAGUGUCAACCGCUUCCAGGCUGUGUGAUGGGGCUCUCGUGCUUGUAGAUGCAGUAGAAGGAGUUUGCACGCAGACACAUACGGUGUUGCGUCAAGCAUGGAUGGAGAACGUUCGGCCUGUUUUAGUACUGAACAAGAUCGACCGCUUGAUUACCGAGCUCAAGCUAACGUCGUCAGAAGCAUACAUUCAUCUGAACAAAAUUCUGGAGCAGGUGAAUGCAAUCAUGGGAACCUUCUACUCUGAAAGCAUGAUGCAGGAAGAUGCGGCUCGGUACGAGGCAUAUCAGGCGAAAAGAUCAAUGACGAAGCACGGGAAGGAAGAAGAGGAGGAAAUUGAAUGGAGACUUGAGCAUCAGGACGACUCGACCCUGUACUUUUCUCCAGAUCAGGGGAACGUCAUCUUCUCUAGUGCAAUAGAUGGGUGGGCUUUCAGGAUAGAGCAGUUUGCCCAGAUAUAUGCCGCCAAACUGGGUAUCAAAGAGGAGUUGUUACGGAGAGUGCUUUGGGGCGACUAUUAUCUAGAUCCGAAAACGAAAAGGGUGCUGGGACAUAAGGGAUUGAAGGGCAGACCAUUGAAGCCCAUGUUCGUGCAGUUUGUCCUCGACAAUCUCUGGGCACUCUAUGACAGCGUACUGGAAACAAACGACCGGGAAAAGGUGGAAAAGAUUGUGAAGGCAUUAAACGUGAAGGUGCUGCCGCGUGACAUGAGAUCAAAGGACAGUCGAGCUCUCUUACAAGCGAUCAUGAGCCAGUGGCUACCACUGUCGAGUUCUGUGCUCCUGACUGUGAUAGAGAAGAUUCCCUCGCCUGGCGUGGCGCAGAAUCUGAGGUUACCGAAGAUAUUGUAUCCAAAGGGCAAUCAACCAGAGUUAGCAUCGUUAUCAGAAUCUCGACGUGCCUUUGAAACCGCAAUUUACAACUGCGACCGUAGUGAUGAUGUCCCUGUGGUCGCCUAUGUGAGCAAAAUGUUUAGUGUGUCUGCUGACAUGCUACCAACAAAUCGACGUGUGCAACUAACUGCCGAAGAGAUGAGAGAACGACGGCGAGCAGCCAUUGCGAAGCAACAGGCGGCGAUCUCAAAAGGAGAGACGACUAGCGACAAGGCAGUUGAGUCGGGUCAUAUCCAGCUGGACGAUUCUGGGAGUGCUGAAAGUGCAGAGACGGGACCUGUGGUACUACAAGGACCGACAGACACACCAUCAACUCCCGAAGUCCCCGAAGCGCCAGCGGAGGAGACAUUGAUCGGCUUUGCGCGCAUUUACUCGGGAACGAUAAGAGUGGGACAAACAUUUCAGGUAUUAGGUCCCAAGUACGAUCCAGCUUUUCCCACCCGACACCGGUCAGCGGUUACCAUUGAGAAAUUGUAUCUCAUGAUGGGGCGUGAACUUCAAGAGUUGAAGGAGGUGCCGGCUGGAAAUGUCUUUGGUAUCGGCGGCUUGGGCCAGCACGUUUUAAAAUCUGCGACCUUGUCCAGUACAGCAGAGUGUCCAAGCUUUGGAGGCGUAAGGGCUGACGCAGCACCGAUCGUGCGUGUUGCGCUGGAACCAAGAGAGCCAAACCAAAUGGGACAACUGAUUGACGGGUUACGAUUGCUCAAUCAAGCCGAUCCUUGUGUUGAAGUGUACUUACAAGAGACCGGGGAGCACGUUAUUGUGUGUGCAGGAGAGCUGCAUUUGGAACGGUGCCUGAAAGAUUUGCGAGAACGAUUUGCCAAAAUAGACAUCCAAGUGUCUCCCCCAAUUGUGCCAUUCCGGGAGACGGUUUCCACAUUCCCAGCCAUUCCUUUAACUCUGACUCCAAAUGGACAAAAAGUCGAGGAUUCCACCGAUCCACUUGACUCUGCCUCUCGACCGACUGAAGUCGCGACAUCUCUUCCAACAGGAACAGCCAUUGUUCAAACUCCCGACAAGCUGUGUACCAUACGCGUAAGAGCAGUCCCGUUGCCGUCACGAGUCACUGCGUACCUGGAGAACCAGUCGAAGACCAUGCGUAAUAUUGUCGAAGAGCGAGACGUUAGUGUGGAGCAAGAGGGAAGCGGUGCAGCGUUCAUACGGAAGCUCAAAGACGUGUUCGACGAGGCGUAUAGAGAAAACGAAAUUAAGGAUAAAGAAUUAUGGAAUGGAGUUGUCGAGAGACUGUGGGCAUUCGGACCCAAACGUAUUGGUCCGAACUUGCUCGUUAAUAAUGUACCAGGAUAUGAGAGAUCCCCCUGGUUUCGCUCAGCUGCUUCAGGGUCUGGGCGCUCACGGACUCGGUCAGAUUCACCUACUGAAGAGGAUGAGGGUGUUGAUGCUGAAGAGACACUGAAUACCUCGAUCGAGGAGCUAUCUCUUGACGAUGGACACAUAGAGAGACGCGUACCGAACAUCCGACACUACGAAGGAAGUAUUAAUGCGGGCUUUCAGCUGGCAACGUUGCAGGGCCCCUUGGCCGCCGAACCUAUGAUGGGCGUUGCGUUCUUAUUGGAGGAAUUCACGAUCGAAGGGUGGCAAGAAGCUUCCGAGGCACAAUUAAGUUUGUUGUCGGGACGGGUGAUUUCAAUGCUCAAGGACGCUUGUAGGCAGGCAUUCCUAGGGUGGUCGCCAAGAUUGAUGCUUGCCAUGUAUUCUUGUGAUCUGCAAGCUCCAGCAGAAGUUCUGGGAAAAGUAUAUGCAGUCUUGGCCCGACGAAGAGGCCGCAUCCUAUCUGAAGAGAUGCGAGAAGGCACCCCGUUCUUUAACAUCAAAUCCAUGUUGCCAGUCGUGGAGAGUUUCGGCUUCGCGGAUGAGAUUAGGAAGCGAACUUCUGGAGCGGCAAGUCCGCAGUUGAUCUUUAGUGGAUUUGAAGUGCUUGAUAUUGACCCUUUUUGGGUUCCGACCACUGAGGAGGAGCUGGAGGACUUGGGUGAGAAAGCGGACAGAGAGAACCUCGCAAAAAAGUAUAUGGAAGGAGUUCGUAAGCGAAAGGGGUUAUUGGUGGAGAAGAAGAUCGUUGAGCAUGCUGAGAAGCAACGCACUUUGAAAAUCAAAUAGAUCUGAAAGCUUCCCCUCACCCUUUGUACAUGAUAAUUUAGUUCAUAGCUUGUAAAAAUACGCAUUUUUCACAUCUAGACAUGAUAGAGGAAUUUGUACCAUAGUAUUGAGAAGAGAGAUGACUUGUGACUGAUA